AUGAUUUCGUCGUUAUGUAGUAUGUAUUCGUCAUUAUGUGGUAUGUAUUCGUCGUUAUGUAGUAUGUAUUCGUCGUUAUGUAGCAUGUAUUCGUCGUUAUGUAGUAUUCGUCGUUAUGUGGUGUAUUCAUCGUUAUGUGGUAUGUAUUCAUCGUUAUGUGGUAUGUAUUCAUCG